AUGGAUAACAAACUGGUCAUUCGUGUCUACUUUGUCGACGACUCUUUUAAAACUCUCGCCGUUGCUCCAACCAUCAGUGCUCGUGAACUCUCGAUUGUUGUGGCCGAGAAGAUUGAACUCGAACAACGAGAAACAUUCGCACUCUUCUUUUACAAAAACGGUGAAUGCCGAUGUCUCGAUGAUGAUGAACAGCCAUGUAAAUUGAUGGUCUAUGAGACUGUUGGAUCCGAUGCUGAUUUUCAGAAAUAUGUGAACGAUAAAACGGAAUGGGAAAAGUUGAAGAAAGAUUGGGAGAAGGAUUCGAAAUUGGUCUUCAAGAGAAGAGUCUUUUUGAAACAUAAAGCAAUUCCACGUGAACAAGAAAAGUUUUUGAAUUACAGUUAUAUACAAGCUGUUGCUGACGUGAGAGAUGGAACAUAUCCUUGCUCUCAAUCUGCUGCCAUUGAAUUGGCUGGUUUGCAAAUGCAAGUAACUUUUGGUGAUCACAACAAGAAGAAACACACAGCUGGAUUCUUGAAAGAUAAAAUUGGACGUUUCAUUCCAGCUCCAUUACUUCAAUCAAAUCGUAAAUUGGAAGAUUGGGAAAGAGAUGUCUUUCAAGAACACGCCCGUUUAAUUGGUUUAAAGAAAGAAGAUGCCAUGCUUCACUAUCUCAAUUAUGUUCGUAAUUGGAGUUUUUAUGGAAGUACUUUUUGGACUGUACAAACUGUGAACAAGGAUCAAGCUAAUUUACCUGAUCAAGUGAUUCUCGCUGUCAACUCAAAUGGUAUUCAAUUGUUGAAGUUAGGAACAAAGGAACCAAUUCUCACACAACGCUAUGCCGAUAUUUACUCGUGGGCCUAUAAGAGAAAUGCUUUUGCUUUUGUUUCAGGAGUAUUGAGCAAACAGAAAUUCCAAUUUGCAACUCCUCAUGGUCGUGACAUUAGUCGUACACUUCAGGCCUAUGUUGAGAUUUUGUUGGAUGAAAGAAAGAAGGACAACAAGACCUAUCAAUCCACAAAUAUGUAA